AUGCCACGCACGCGAUUCGACGUUCGUGAAGAUCCAGUGCGCCGAGAAAUGCGACAAAGGCGCUUUGAGCAAGAGCAGGUAGCCUUUGAGCGCGAGCAACAGGCAGAUAUGGAUUCGGCUAUAGCGACGACAAGCUUGGCUGGCCGGCUCGGAGCGCCUUCUUCCUCGACAGCGUCGCCGGUAGCACACCACAUACGCACGCCAAUGAGCAGUUAUGCUAACGAUACAGGAGCGGAGCCUGAUCCCAAUGUGAUUGACUGGGAUGCACAUACAGUGGUCGGCACGUCUACCAAGCUAGAGAAACCAUACCUGCGAUUGACAUCUGCACCUGAUCCCAAGACGGUGCGGCCACUUACGACACUGCGCAAGGCGUUCGAAUUUCUCACACGGAAAUGGGACACAGAGCGAAAUUACGCAUACAUUUGCGACCAGUUCAAGAGCAUGCGACAGGAUUUGACCGUGCAGCGGAUCAAAAACGAGUUCACUGUGCAAGUGUACGAAACGCAUGCACGGAUCGCCUUGGAAAUGGGCGACUUGGGCGAGUACAACCAAUGCCAGUCACAACUGCGCUCGCUGUAUUCUUACGACCUACCGGGCUCUCACCUCGAGUUUCUCGCGUACCGGAUUCUGUAUUUGCUCCAUACACGACAGCAACGCGAUGUGAACACGCUCAUGUCCGAGCUCGAUUCCGCUGCGAAGACUGCGCCUGCCGUUGCGCAUGCACUCGAGGUGCGGGCGGCAAUGCGGUGUGGGAACUAUCAUCGCUUCUUUGCCUUGUACCAUGAUGCCCCGAACAUGAAUGCCUAUAUUAUGGAUCACUUUGUGGAUCGAGAACGCGUGCAAGCGUUGCUGAUCCUUGCGCGUGCACUACGUCCAUCGUGCACGCUGCAAUUCCUUGCGUCCGAACUUGGGUGGGCCCAUGUCAAGGAUGCACAUUUGUUCCUUUCUUCGCUCGGUGCCGCUACCUACAUGGAUGGCGAGACAGAUGAUCCACGUGAUGACUCGUUGUGGGAUACCAAGAGUGCUAAUGAACCGCUUCUGCGUGCAAGUGAGAGGUUCCGGAAAGUCGAUGUAUGUAUGGAGCGUGUGUCUUGUGUUUAUGAGACUAACGAGCAAUUCCAGAUCAAAGGUCAAUUGUAG